AUGAUCUUCAAUCAGGCUGACUCAGGCAGCCUGGCCCUCAAUGCCAACCAGUGCCUGCCUCCCUUUCCGCGCCUGGCAGCUGGCAUGACACUCGCUCUGUUCUACGCAGCCCUCUUGGUCGUCAGUGUCCUGGGGAAUAUUCUGACCCUUGGCCUCGCCUGUCGGGAGGGCAAGAAGAUCAACUCAACAGGUGUCUACCUGGUCCAUCUGGCUCUGUUCGACCUCCUGUUGACCUUGACACUGCCGGGAAAGAUCAUCUACUAUGCGCUGGGCUUCCACUGGCCGUUAGGGGACAAGCUGUGCAGGCUGGCAGCAUUCCUGGUCUAUAUGCAUACUCAUGGCGGCAUCUACAUCCUGAUGUGCCUGAGUGUGGACCACUACCUUGCAGUGGUGCACGCCCGAAGGUGCCCGCCGCUCCACCGUGCUGGCCAGGCAAAGCUUGUGUGUGCAGCCAUCUGGUGUCUGGCACUACUUCAGAUGGCACCCUUGCUUUUGACCCCCAUGGCCAAGCCCGUGACAGGUGAGCCGACCUGCACGGAGAAUGGAAGUGUGCAGCCUGUGACGGGGCUGCCUGCCCCCAUCCUGGUGGGUUGCGCAGUUGGCUUCUGCACGCCUGUAACUGUGGUGUUCUUCUGCUCUGUGAAGGUCGCCUUGCAGUGGUGCAGGGCAGUUGGGAAAGACUCCCUGUUACACCACCGGCAGGCACAGCCCCGAAGGGCCUGCCUGCUGAGCCUGGUGGUGCUGGUGGCCGUACUGGUGCGCUUCAACCCCUACCAUCUGAACCUCCUGCAGCUGGUGCUGAGCGCGGCCCGUCACCUGCCAACCUGUGCUGAGCAGAGGGCAUUUGCACUGGCCCUGCAGCUCAUGGCGGCUCUCAGGAGUGUGAACUGCGGCAUGGACCCUGUCAUUUACUUCUUCGCAGCCCCGCGUUCCAAGAAGCGGCUCCUGUGUAUUUUAAAGCUCAGAGCAUCUUCCUCCUUAUCUGGUCCAGGGAAAAGUUUCGUCCAAAACACCAAGUGUCAACCAGCCUUGAGCAGAGAGCCAGAUCAAACUGGUCACCAACUUUUCUGGCUUAAUCUCGGGAACCAUCAGGCACUAGGGGUUGGAAGCUGA